CCUGCUGCUGCCAUCUACAGUUUGGCGUUGAUCAUACCGGAUGAGUUCAUGGAGAUGUGAGGAGUCUGAUUUCUGUUUUCAAGUAAUACACACAUCUGGAAAGCCGAGGUUCUUUACAAAGGCCAGCUCGGUGUUUGCUGCAAAUCAGGCUCUUUGACACUCGCUCCUACCAGCAGGUGGCAGAGGAGACUGGCUCUUUCUCACCUGUGACCUUCCUCUGCAGCUCGAGGGGUCAAACAACUACCCCCUUCCCUCUAAACGAAAACAGUACGUUCCCGCCGCCUGUGUCGCACAAUAUUAUGGACCACACAGACGCAGAGAAAGAAAGCUGAAACACAAGGGCGCAGCUGCACACGCCUACGUGGAGCUGGAGGAAAUCUGCCGUUAUUUCCAGUAAAGAAGUGUGUCCAAUGGGUGGAGGGGCCACCAGGCUGUACAGUGCUCUGACUCCGCCCCACAGCAGCUCUCCUCUACCCCCGCCUGCAGACACAAACCUGGAUCCUGCGUUCUGUCAGGAGCGGAAGGGGUCCCCUGUAUGUCCCGCGGAGCUGCUUCAACAGUGUGAAGAGGCCCUCAGGGGCCGAGCGCCUCGCUUCCACAGGGAGUUCACACAGCUCCAGGAUGGAGACGGCGCCUCCAGCAGCUCCAUCAGGGUGAUGCAGUGGAACAUACUGGCCCAAGCUCUUGGCGAGGGGCUUGACAGUUUUGUCCAGUGUCCCCCGGAGGCCCUCAGCUGGUCCCGCAGGAAGUACCUCAUCUUAGAGGAGAUCCUCACCUACCGACCUCACAUCCUGUGUCUGCAGGAAGUCGACCACUACUAUGACACCCUCCAGCCGGUCCUCGCAGGCCUGGGCUACAGCAGCCACUUCUUCCCAAAACCCUGGUCCCCGUGCCUGGAUGUGGAGGGCAACAACGGCCCCGACGGCUGCGCACUGUUCUUCGAUGAGUCGCGUUUGGAGUUCCUGGACAGCGUUAACCUACGGCUCUCUGCCAUGAGGAUUCCAACCAAUCAGGUCGCUGUGGUGACGAUCCUGCGUUGUCGUAGCUCGGGGAGAUGCGUGUGCGUGGCGGCGACCCAUCUGAAGGCUCGGUCUGGCUGGGAGUGGCUCCGCAGCGCCCAGGGCUCCGACCUGCUGAGACAUCUCCAGACUUUGGUCCAGCAACACGCCGACGACUCCGCAGACGCCCAAAUCUCCGACAUUCCUCUGCUCAUAUGCGGAGAUUUCAACGCCAUCCCAACCGAGGAGGUGUACCGACGUUUCGCCGCAUCGCCUCUCGGUUUGGACUCUGCCUAUAAGAGGCUCAGUGAGGACGGGUCCACUGAGCCCGAGUACACAACCUGGAAGAUUCGUCCUACGGGGGAGUGCUGCGCAACCCUGGACUACAUCUGGUACAGUCGGGACACACUGAGAGUGGAAGCAGUUUUGGACAUGCCUACUGAGGAACAGAUAGGGCCCAACAGGCUGCCGUCCUUCAGCUAUCCGUCCGACCAUCUCUCUCUGGUCUGUGACAUCAGCUUUAAGGAGAACGAGUGAGGGGAAGCAGAGAAAGGAAGGGACGACACUGAGGAGAAAAAACGUCGCGAUCGGCUCCUGGUUGGCUUCUCUCCAGGAGAAAGCACCAGGAUGAGACGUCACAGGGAUCGAGACGGGGCACGGAGAAACUAGAGAGAUAGAUUGGGAAUUGCAACUCGAUUGAGAGUCUGAUCACUUUAGAGAUACAAGCUGCAAAAACAUGGUCUACCUCCCCAAAGGGUAACACUGUGAUUUAUGCACCAGCAUACCGAUCCGGACCUCUGGUCUGAAACACAAAUAAUAAAAAAUGUUUCCAUUUUUAAUGUAAUGGGUGUUCCAAUGUACAAGUAUUGAUGAUAGCAAUAUUUAAAUAGUAAGUAUUGGUAAAUGGAUGGUGAUGGUGCAUUUAUAUCGUGCCUUUCUUGUCCUCUUGGAUGGCUUUAGCACUACAUGUCAACACUUUCCCUCACACACUCUUUCAGACACUAAUGGAAGAUAUAGCCACACACCAAUGGCUAUACCUUUGGGGGCAAUUUAGGGUUGACCAAGGACACUUCGACAUUUGGACUUAAAGAGCCAGGGAUUGAAACGGUCACAAAAAAGGAGUGUAACUGAAAAGAGGAAUUUGCUUGUUUUAUUUUUAUAAUCUAUAAGCUAUAACACAAUAAUUGUGUAGUGAAAAUCUCGUGUUGUCAUUCCUAACACUUAUAAAAUGUACACUAAUAAAUGUUGUGAUUCACACUGCCGUUGUAUACAGUGAGAAUAAAGUUCUUGCUGUGUGGUUUCA